GCUGCCUGUAUCAUAUCCAAUCUGUACUAUAUCUCUUGCAUAAUGGAAACCGGGCAGGCUGGGAAACCAUGGAAGCGCGAUUGUACCUGCACUCGCUGGCUCACCCACUGCAAGGUACUCAUACUAUCCGUACUCGUACAUGCUCCAUGUACCUAAACUGAAGCAACUGCAGCGCAUUGAAAGUCCUACACUGAGGGGGUGGUCGCACUCUGUCUCUUGCAUGCCCGCCCCCUCAUUUUUGCUUCUUCUGAUCUUGUGCCCGAAACUGGCCCAGCUCUGGUUUCGAACGCAAAUCCAUCACCAUGCCAUGCCAUGUGCUGACUUGAGACGAAACCCGGACAAAAAGGAUGGUGUCGCUUCAUAUCCCUGGCCUGCCCGAAUAGGCACAGCCAGAGACAGAGCGCCCUGCAGCAGCGAGUACAUGCGAGUAUUGCCCUUCUGUCUUUUCUUCGCUCUCGGGAAGCACAGAAUCAAGUCUCUCCCUGCCCCGGAUCGGCCACAUGGCCAGCCUCUGACCAAUCGUCUCCGUCAGCAGCGCCUGUGUAUCCAGAAAAAGAACCAGACAGUGAACGAGGACAAGACAGGACAAGAGACAAGGAACUCAACUCGCACCGAGGGUGUCUCGAUAGGGCUCACCUCAGCUGAAAUGCUGGCCGGGUGCCAGCUCCCGCCGAUUGCGGGCACCGCUAAGAGCAAAGCAAAUCGCCUCUGGGCUCCUUGGAUCUCGCUACCGAAACCACAAGCUGGCGGGGACGGUACCGAGGCACUGAAACAUGCCCCAAAUAAGUUCCAAGCCUGCGUGCUUAGCCCUCGAGUCAGGGACGCCGUCAGUACAACGGGCUGCCUUGUUGUCUGCUGAAAACAGGGAUCUCUGUCGUGCCGCCAGGGCCUCGAAACACUCCCCUCUGCUCCGGGCCUUGCUGGUUUUGGCGCCUACAAGCACUUCGUACUAUCCUGUACUUUGUCUGGUACGGUGCCGUUAUUACCAAUGCCUGCUUGUGCAUACUAACCAGCAGUGCGGCUACUCGUACGCAGCUGUGCCCUUGUUU